AUGAGUAGUUGGAAGCGCCCGGACACAAUUCCGUAUCCUUCGGUGUGGCACAGAUUCACUGCUCAAACUCCCGACCCAACCAACCAGCCUGUGACAUAUCUGGUGCAGGAUGUUCCCGUGGACCGGUUCGAAGAUUGCAUCCAGCACAUGUGCUCCUACUUCUUGCGAGAUGAACCUACGUGCCGCAGCCUUCGCAUAGCAAGUGAUCCCGCUGCCGUCGAAGAGUUCAGUGCCCUAUGGCGCAUGGUGCUUUUGCAACGCUGUGCGGUCGUUUGCCUGCGCGAAGAUAGUGAUGAGAUCGUCGGAGUGAACAUGCUGCAUGUUGCUUCGCGGAACGAUUCCAACGCAAAUGCUCGCAUCCGAAGCCCGGCAAUGAAAACUAUGGUUGAUUGUACACUGUACAUGACAGAAAAGGGAAACCUAUUCGAACGCUACCCGGUGGAGUGCUUUCUGUCCGCCUGGGGACUAUCAGUGCACCCCCGGUAUCGUGGACUGGGUUUGGCGAAAGAAAUUCUUUACACACGCAUUCCACUCGGCCAGGCGCUGGGUCUAAAACUAUCGGCGACCGUGUUCUCACACCCCGGCUCGCAAAUACCGGCCAGCAAGGUCGGGUUUAGGGACGCCGUGGUAGAGAAGUUCGUCGACCUAGCCGAGAAAGGAUUCAUACUUCCGGACAUUAACGUGGAGUACAACAAGUUGAUGGUGCUGGAACUGUGA